AUGUCGAAUGAAAAAGUCGUUUUAAUUAUUGGAGCUAACAGUACUUUGGGUUUGAAUAUUGCAUAUAGACAAAUAGAAAGUCAAGCUCCUGAGGAUUCAUUAAUAUUUGUUUUAACUUCGAGAUCGAUCGAACGUGCAAAUGAGGCUGGUGAUUCCAUUAAAGCAUUCAAUGAUCAACGAGAGGCCGUUAGGAAGGUUACAACUGUUCCACUGGUGUUGGAUCUAACAAAUAUGAAGAAUGUGUUGGAGACUAGUGUUUUAUUGAAUAAAACCUACAAAGCUAUCAAUUAUGUGUAUGUAAAUGCGGCUCUGGGUGUGUGUUCGGGGAUCAAUUGGUUCAGUGCUAUUCAGGAGGUUAUAACUAGCCCCGUUCAAGCAGUAACAGAUCCUCAUUAUAAAAUUCAAAAAGUUGGAUUGAUGUCAAAAGAUGACAUGGGUUUAGUCUUUGAAGCUAACGUAUUCGGACCUUAUUACCUGAUAAGAAAGAUCCUUCCGAUAUUGUCUCCUGGUAAGGCUGUCGUAGUGUGGAUUUCAAGUAUUAGAUCCGAUCCAAAUUAUUUACCCCUUGAUGAUUUAGAACUUAUUGAAUCGCCAACGCCUUAUGAAGGUUCUAAAAGGAUGAUUGAUGUUAUGCACUUGGCUACAUAUAAAUAUUUAAAGUCAAAGAGUGUCUACCAAUAUGUUGUGCAGCCGGGUAUUUUUGUGAGUCAAUCGUUCAACGUACAUCUAAAUAUUAUCACAUAUUAUUUGAUGAUGAUCAUGUUUUAUUUGGCAAGAAGAUGGGGUUCUUACUGGCAUACAAUUGAUCCUUACAAGGCUGCAAAUUCUCCUGUGUAUGUAACAACAUUCCGUGACCGUGAUUUUGAAAGACAGGAUAUCAAAUAUGGAUCUGCCACGUAUAGUGAUGGUGUUGAACAUAUAAAACCUGAGGAAUUAGAUUUCACCGGUAAGGAAAAAGUUGCAGAGUUUUUAUUAUCUAAAGAAAAAGAGUGGAAUAUAAGAUUAGGUGACCAGGACACCAGUUAA